UAUAAACUCUCCGAACAUUUCGGUUCAAUUUAUUCCGUAUUUCCGUUCAAAAAAACAAAAAUCCCCCUUUUCGUCCCGUACCUUUCCGCUGUAAAUCUUUAGGCGACGAUCCUAUUUCCCGGUCGAAUUCCGGCCGUUGGAAGGGGAAUUCUCUGUCUCCUUCACCGUCGGAUCAGCUCGCUUCGGCAACACAGUCAUGAAUACCGAAUAUGACUACUUAUUCAAGCUUUUGCUAAUCGGAGAUUCUGGGGUUGGCAAAUCAUGCCUUCUUCUGAGAUUUGCUGAUGAUUCGUAUCUGGACAGUUAUAUUAGCACGAUUGGGGUUGAUUUCAAAAUUCGCACUGUGGAGCAAGAGGGAAAGACCAUUAAACUUCAAAUUUGGGACACCGCGGGGCAAGAACGUUUCAGGACAAUAACUAGUAGUUACUACCGUGGGGCACAUGGCAUUAUAAUAGUUUACGAUGUAACAGACCAAGAGAGCUUCAACAAUGUCAAACAAUGGCUGAAUGAAAUUGAUCGUUAUGCAAGCGAGAAUGUGAACAAGCUUUUGGUUGGAAACAAGUGUGACCUCACUGCUAACAAAGUUGUGUCGUAUGAAACAGCCAAGGCAUUUGCUGAUGAAAUUGGCAUUCCGUUCUUGGAGACAAGUGCAAAAGAUGCUACUAAUGUGGAGCAGGCUUUCAUGGCCAUGACUGCUGACAUUAAGAAUAGGAUGGCAAGCCAACCAUCUAUGAACAACGGAAGGCCACCAACAGUGCAGAUACGGGGGCAACCUGUUGGCCAGAAGACUAGCUGCUGCUCCACUUAGUUGGUUCCGAGUGCGGCUUGUUAAGGGGUUUGUAAUAGCAUUUUAAUUUCCAUCCUCUUUUAAUCAGAGGGUCUACACACACCCCCUAACCCCUUGGAAUGUUUAUUGUAUCAAUUGCUUUAAACCCAAUCUAAAAUUCAAUUCUUUUGGUACAAACCAUCAGUUGUUACUCUGGUAGUAUUUUUGUUAUUUCUCUGUUUUCUUA